AUGUUCUUUGGUAUAGUUGCAGAUCUACUCUCCUCCAUCCUUACCAUCGCCCUCCCCAUCUUCGCUUCCUACAAGGCCCUUCGUUCGUCGGAUCCGUAUCAGCUGGCACCAUGGUUAAUGUACUGGGUGGUUGUGUCCGCCAUUCUCAUGGCUGAGUCCUGGACGUAUUUCAUCAUCGGAUGGCUUCCCUUCUACAGCUGGAUCCGGCUCUGCUUCUUCGCAUACCUCGUUCUCCCGCAAACCCAGGGUGCCCGCAUCCUAUACCAAGACUAUGUCGAGCCAUUCCUCGCGCACCACGAACGAGAGAUUGAGGAGUUCAUCGGCCGUGCUCACGAGCGUGCCAAGGUGCUUGGGCUCCAGUACUUCUAUCAAGCAAUCGACUUCGUCAGGGAGCGCGUCCUAGGCCUUCCGCCGCAGCGACCUCCGACCCCUCCCCCAGCAGGCCCAGCCGCUUACGCCCAGUCGCUUCUGUCACGCUUCAACCUCCCCUCGGCUGUCGGUGGUAGCAACCCGGCUCCCGCCAACGACUGGUAUUCAGCCAUCAGCUCUGCGGUGGCGGCGGUGACAUCCCCGGGAAAGAGCCAUGAAGCUCGUGCAGAGGAACUGUCUGCAAGCGGAUCUCUUCUUCCGCGGGAGUUCGAGUCCAAGUCCCGGGCGGAGAAGGCAAGCUUCUACUCCAAGCAGCGCGACAUGCUCGACGUGCUCCGCGACGCUCUUAUGAACGAGGAGCGUAAUCUGGGACACGGCGAGGAGGACCCCCUUGCCUAUGGCGGGGCAUCGCUGAGGAAGAACCGCAGCGACAACUCGUUCGACCACAUCGAGCACGAGGACACACGGGACCGGUCACCCCGCCGGAGCGGUAAUUGGCCCAGAGAAGAAGAGCCGCAGACCGGGGCAGCUUCGGGUGUGGAGUUCGCAAUGCGAGCCCUGGAUGCGUACAACCGAGUGAGAGAAGGUCACUAG